CCUUGUACUACUGACGCAGGCGGGUUUCAAAAUAAAUUUGAAUUUUUUUUUUUUUAAUAAAAAAAAAUAAUUCCACCAUUUAUUUUUUUAUUGUUUCAAAUACAAGUUGUUUUUUUAAAAAAAAUUUAUGACAUCUAGUCAGUGACGUAUUGAAAUAAUAAUGCGAUAGUUUUUGAUUUAUUCAAGUUUCGUAUUUCGUAUUAGUUUUUUUUGUCAUAUAAAAGUACGCAAAAAUAUUUUGAAUGCAACGCGAGUCAGCCGAAGAAUAAGUGAAGUAAAAUAAGUCGGUAGAUAAAGAUACGGAAGAAUAAAAAAAUAAAAAAUAUAAUAAUAGUGGGGAAAGAAGGAUGGUAGUGAAUUUGCGAUGUGUGUAAUAAUGACUAAGUGGUUUAUUAAAUAGUCAUUGUGAGUGGAGUUAAAUAGUAUUAUUAUAUUGAGGAUGACCAUGACCUCAGGAACAAACAAAUGGGCCUCGAGGGCUGUGGUGAUCCUUCAAUUGGCAGCCUGGAGUGCCGUUGGCAUUGUACUUCUACAGAAAGGCGUGUCAUCUUUGCAAAAAGGAUCUGAGAUGCGAAAUAUUACUCAAACGACGUCUAUCAACACAGCUGGUUAUAAUUCAAUCGACAAAGAUUUAUCAGUAAUAUCAAUAGUAGAAAAUUCAAAACCGUAUCUAUCAUCUGAAGUGUUACCGAAAUCAUCAUCUGGCAGCUCGAAAAUUUUUGAUGCAAAGUUAAUGGCCCACAAGUUAGAAAAAAUAAAUGAAAAAAAUUCACCAAUUGAAUUUGAUGAAGAUAAAGACGGGCCACGUGUUCUAGAGAGUUUGGAUUCAUCAAAAGAUAAAUUGACAGAUUUAAAAAAACCGGGGGUUAAAAAAACCUCGAAAACAAAUUUUUCCGAAUUUGAACCUCAGGGAGAUGCUGAUAAAUUUAAAAGUUCAACUGACAUCAAAGACUCUUCCGUGAAAUUAAUAUUACCCAUGAUGAAUUCUAGCAGUGAAAGGCAGUCAGAAAUAAUUCCAGUAUACGAAGACACAUUUAAGCGAUCUCGUAAUUUUUCAUCUUUGUCGGAAGAUAGCGAGAAAAAAGAAACGAAUAAAACGGUCGUGCAAACGUCAACCGCGAAACCGAGCAUGUGGGAAACGAGGAGAAGAUUAAGAUUGUCGCAUUUGAGUGGCGGUGGUGCUGCUGCAGCAGUUGCUAUGGUCGCAGUGGGUGCUGUCAUGCUGGUCCUCGGCCCGGCGGUUAUCGUUCUGCGUGCGCUGGAUGAACGUCGUCAGGAACGGAGAUUCUUGAAGCUUUCUGCACGUGAUGAUCUACCACCUACUUACGAACAAGCAACUUUAAUGGACGAGGCGCCGAGAUACUCGAGCUUAAGUUUGAAUACUAUUCUUGGACCACCUCCACCUCCAUCACCAACUCCCGCACGAGUACAUCUUGUUUGAUGUACCAAUUUUUGAGAUGGAUAACGGACUACAUAUGGUUCUACCAACGUGUGGAUCUUGUCUGAGUAGUUUUUACUUUUGUUUUGUAUUCGCUAGAUAAUUAAUUUAGGCCGUUAUAGUUUUUUUUUAUCAAUCGGUUCCCCGGGUCGGAAAACGCGGUCUGUUUUAAACGAAAUUUAAAUUUUGAGUGAUUUCUGAUUAAAAUUAGUUUUUAUUUUUAUUUAAUUAACGUGAAAUUUAAUUGAGUCUUGUCCGUACACAGAAAAAAAAUUUUUUUCUUGUCCAAAAAAAUUUUUCUCGGCCCAAGAAAUCCUUUUUUUUGGUACUUUUCCUUAUUAGAUCAUUUUCCGACUUGUUUUCAAUAAUUUUUGGUCUGAUUUUAGUUGCCUGUAGAUCAAAAACAGCUUAAAAUUUUUAUAAAAAUUUAAAUACAGUCUAAUUAGACUAAAAUCAGAUCAAAUUAUUCGACCCAGGUCAUUUUGUUCAGUAGUCAUUACAGAGCUUAAGUUUCCUGAUUAUUUUUAGGUCUGAUAAAUUUUUAAAAUCUCCAGGAAUUUUAUUUUGGGCUCAUCUCCAAUUAAAAUUCUCUAAGAUAAUUUUUAUUGUAAAUAAUUUUUAAUAUCUAGUGAAAUAAAAAUUUUUAUUUCAAUUUUCGAGAUCGAAAAUUUUCGAUGUUUAGAUCGGAGUAUGAAAUUUUUUUACGUUGCCCAGAAAAUAAAAUUUCCUUUAGAAAUUUUUUAAGUUUAAAAAUCGCGCCCCUAGAAAAGUGUUUAGUAUUUCGAGGGCUAUAAAUAUUUAGAGAACAAUAACGAAUUAAAACGCGAAUUUAAGGUAAUUAAUUAAUUCAAAAUAUAAUUAAAUAUCCAAAUAACAUAUCUAAUAAAUAUAUCACAAAUAAACGUUAUAAUAUUCAAAUUGCGUGUGUGCGUUUUGUGAAAACGAUAGUGUUGCAAUUUAAUUAAAGAAAAAAAAAAAAUUAUGUUCUUUAAAUGUUCCGUUUCAAAAAAAUACUAAAUCGACUUUAAUUAUUAUUAAUUUUUUAAAAAUGAACAUAAAAUUUAAUUCCAAAUCGCGGUUCGUCCAAAAUUAGUAAGUUGACGCGGAACAUUUUUAGAAAAUUUUUUACAUGGAAAUUAUUUAAUAUUUUAUGUUCAUAUACAAGUGUUCUAAUUUCCGUCCGCUAGCAUCAUUUUGAUCAUUCAACCAUCAGCGAAAAAAAAAAAAUAAAUAUAACCGGUUUUAAUAGUGACUUAUACAUCUAGUAGAAUCGGUAUUAUAGUCGAUGUCACUAGAUGUAUACAAUAGAUUAUGUAAUGAAUGCAUGAAGGAAAACGCUGUUAAAUGUCUAAAGUCCGCUUCAUACAGUCAGAGAUAAAAAUAAUUUAGUUUAUUUUAUUAAAAAAGAUUUAUACUUUAUGAAAUUGGAUACUAUUCACUUAACAAAACUUGACUCAAUAAAAAAAAUCAUCUUUGGUGUUAUGUCGUAUCUAUUAGGGCGGAUGUUUAUUAGGCAGAUCCCGUAGACACAGAUGCAUUAAUGAUCCAGAUCACAAUGAUUAAGAUCCAAAAGAUCAAGAUUCCCGAUAAUACGAAUAAUCACCCAAAUCCUAAUGACAGGGGUUGACUUUCAUACUUACUGACCGUAAAUCUUGAAUCUAAAAGAAAAUUUUUAAUUCAAGAAUUUCUAUUGAUUUUCUUAGACGAUGACAUGUCCUGAUUUUUUAUAGAUUUUCUUAGACGGCGACGUCCAAAUUUUCUUACAGUGACAAGUAUCCUGGUUUUCUGUAGAUUUUCUUUGGAUUUUCUUAGACAGCGACGUCCUGAUUUUCUAUAGAUUUUCUUACACUGUGACAAGUCCUGAUUUUCUAUGAAUUUUCUUAAACGGUGACAAGUGUCCUAAUUUUCUAUAAAUUUCCUA